CUCGUCUUUACCUUUCCUUUUUCCCUCUUAUUUCUUUCGGUAUUACGCUGCUAAAAUCGCCCAUGGAUUGGUCUCCUUCCGUGUCGAUUGACGACAGCCAAGUAUUUGCCACGACGACCGACUUGACACUCAGCAGCUCAUCUUCUACUUCCAAUACGAGUGUCAAUGUCAACGUCAAUGUCAAUGUCAAUGUCAAUUCCAACAGUCUCAUCGACAUCUAUUGUUCACAACAACGUCGUGAAUAUGUGGAUCCUCAUCUGACAGAGCACAUCGCUGACCUAUGUCUGCUAAAGCUGCAGCAAGCAUCCUCCGGUCGGCAUCAUUCCCUGUUACGCCAGGUGCAGCUCACUUGUAUGCUGCAUCGGAUCAGAAUGCAGGCAUUCAUGCGCCCAGUCAUGACUGGCUAUCUGCAUCAACAGUUGCAGCAUCAUCCACAUCUUGUACACGACCAACAGCAGCAGUUAGCUUUUGAGCAAAGCAUAUCCAUGGCUCAUCAGCCUUCAGGUUAUGAAUGGAGUCAGGAUCCAUCUCUUAGUUCCAAUCAAUUGGCUUCUGCCCUGUCGUUCGAUAUGUUGCUUAGUAUGGGAUCUUCCGCCUCCACAGUAUCUACUUCCUCAUCAGUUCCUGGUGUCUCAGCAUCGUCGGAACUUACAGAGGCUGACCAGGACAUGUUUGGCCUUGGACAGCCUCAGCAACAUCAUUCACUGUCUUCCAUUCCCCUCGUGUCCUUCUCUAACGAUUAUUCUGCAUCAUCAACGAAUAACUCCUUUCCACAAGAUCAGAUCUUGUCGUCGCAAGAACUUUCGAACCCCACAGCUAUUUCUCUUUCUUCCAUACCAUCAUCACCAUCAAUAACACCACUUUCACAUCAUCAGCCAUCUUUGGUAUCUGUUACAGCUCUUCCACAACAGACGUAUUAUGAGCUGUUGAUGGCAGCUAACCCCAAUGAGCCACUAUCGCAGCUUCUAUCGACGAAUGCCACAGCUAUGACAUCUUCAUCUUUUACUGUCACUUCAUCAUCGUCUUCUCUUGUCUCUUCAGAAGCGACUUCGUCUUAUACAGUACUAGACGUCUCACUUUCUGAUGCUAUGGCGAGCAAUGCAUCAUCAUCGUCUGAUUCUGUAACGGUAGACAUUCCUCGCGCUGAACAGAUCCUAAAGUCGGUCACCAGCACAUUCUCCAUGUCGAACUUUUCAGUAGAACCUAGUUCCGAAACCGAACCUGGACUUGGACCUGAACCUGAGCCGGAGCUUGAAUCAAGAACAGAAUCUUCACCGCAUGUGCCUCAGCAGACUGUUCCAUUGACAACCAAAGAGAUUAUGGAUGCACUUUCUGAGUAUCUGAGCACUGCUGAUACUACUGCAGUACCUACCGACUCUGCUGAUACUACUGCAGUACCUACCGACUCUGCUGAUACUACUGCAGUACCUACCGACUCUGCUGAAGAGACAUGUAAAAAGCACAGCGCUUCCGAAUCACAGUCUCUAGCGGCGUCGUCGUCGUUUUCAGAGCCAAGGUCGGAUGAAUCAUGGGACAGUGACUGCGAUAUGCUGAGCCCACCACCGCUUUGUCACCAGGACACAGACGCCGAGGAUAGCAUAGCCGCAACCGAAGUAGAAAAGGCUCUUGACAAUGAAGACAUGCAUCGAGAAUCGAGCGUAGAUAUUGAUAUGGGGGAGAUUUCCCUUUCCUCACCUCCAUCCUCACCAUCAAGGAGCACACGUUCGCCAAAGCGAACCAAGAGCUCGCCAACGGGCAAGCGAUUGUCCAGACCUCAGACUCGUCGAUCUAGAGCAAAAUCAGAACAAGAAUCCUUGUCAGCUCAACUUUUAGCUGUAGAAGAGCCAGUUUUUGCUCUAGAGAGUGUGCAAGAGAGUGCUGUUCGUACGUCAAAACGUAGACGAGCAAGCGAUGAUGAUGCAUCGUCUUCAUCCUGCUCCAGUCCUGAAUCUUCACCUCCAUCACCUAGGACCCCACCACCCCUUACGGAGCAAGCUAUUCAGACUGGGGAUGGUUCUGAAGACCACACAUUCAUGCAGCACCAUCCUCAUCAUCAGCAUAAUGAGCAUGGGCAUGAAGAAGAUCUAUCGAAGCGUGCAAAGACUGAAGACGGCAAGGUUUGUGAUGCAAGCACUGACAUUGUUGUCCAGGAGGAUACCGUUUCGGAGGCGAGUCAAGGGGAUGCUGGCGUUCUCUCGUCUUCGCUUCUGACACGAUAUCCGACCCGUCAGUCCAUGCGUAUCCUUCGACGAACCACCAGCCGUAUGCAAGCAGCAGCAACAUCCUGCGGCGUCAAUACGCAUCAUCCUCACCCCAACGGGAGUGAGCCUACCCUUUUGAGCAGUUCCAACAAGGUCACUGCAGCAUAAUUGCUUUUUUUUUUGUUCUCUUUUUCUUUUUUACUUUUAAUAAUUGUAUAACGCAUACCUGACUUAUAAUUUACGUCUGUAGUACCAGCCUGGUGCAUUGGUGCGAUCUUUUUGAAUAUCGCACCAUGUCUCCUUUUUCGCGUUCAUUUUACUCGUAUAUCCUAUUGAUUUUCUGUAUCA